AUGGCCAAAUGGUAUGGGUAUGGGUUUGGGUUUGCGUUUGGGCAUGGGCAUGGGCAUGGGGGGGACAAACAAAUUAUGAGAACGUUCGGGAUCAAGACGAAGAAUGUUUUCUUUUUCUCGGCUGUUCGGUGGCUUCAGUUCAGUUCAGUUCAGUUUCGGUUCUCUGGGCUCUUCUUUUGUUGUCCGACGAUGUCGUUGUUGUUAAAUUGAUGACAACAACAUCAACAGAAAUGCUGAAGCGUGCGCUUCAAAAAUGUAUCUGCAUAGUCGCCGGAGAUACAAAAGCGAACUCCGAGAUACAUUUCGGUGAGCUGACCGUUUUGCGUAUCCGUGACGAUUUCUCGUUUACCUGUGCGACACAGACCCAAAAAAAAAAACAGACAAUAAAUCAAUAAUCAAGCCGCGAAGAGAGAGCAGUGGGAUGGAUGGAUAGAUGGCUGGCUGGCUGGCUGGAUGGAUGGAUGGAUGGCUGGAUUGGUUGGGUGGACGGAUUGGUUGGAAUCGUUUCGGAUUGAGAGGCGAGUCUGGGGCCUUAUCAUCAUUAUUCAAAGCGAGCCACCAACGCCGCCGCCGACACAUGGAAAUGGGAAUAGAAAAUAAUAAUAAUAAUAAUAAUAACGAGAACAACAAACAGAGACCGAGGGAAAACAAAAACAGAACCAAACUGAACAAAACGAGUUCCUAGAGUUUCUAAAACCCAUAAAACGACGACGAGUUUUGAUUUGAUUUUCGAGAUCCAAUCGACUGGCAUAGAACACAUGUACGGGUAUGUAAAAAAUACAUUUCAAUUCACACUCGUCCCGCGGACUGGGUUCCAUUAAACAAAAACCCCCAGUCGAAUCAUCCAAAGAUGCGUGGAUGCUGUGGGAGAGAGUCGGCCAGAACAUAUAUUGUGGACAGAGACCUCGACGGAGGCAACAACUCGUCAUCGGUUAUAUCAGUGCAGGAACAAAGAGAAGUGAGACAGAGGCCAGUGGCAGCCCACGCCCGCGUUAUGAUUUUGUGGCCAUUUUAUAACUAACAACAUUCCAGCGGCGCCGACAACUGAGUAUAAAGAGUCCCCAGUUCACGUCCCCAUCCAAAGUUCCCAUCCCAGUUUUCAGACCCUGUCCACGGGACCACACACAUCGAUAUUGAUGGUUUGGCCGUUGAUGAUGACCGCUCUUUGCCACAGGGAGGAGUUGGGGCGAAGUGCACUGGGAACGCUGUCUGGUGACAGAAGCAGCAACGGGAGCAGCAUUGACCAUUCGAGCAGGAGGAUGUCGAGGACCGAAGAACUGAUCGAAAUGGGGUGAUGCCAAAGGACGGAAAUCCUUUCCCUUUUACCCUAUCCCAGCAUUUUGUAUACCCCUGAAUAAUGUUUUAGAUUUUUUAACAAUCAGAAAAGGAAAUCCUUUUUCUAUUUCUACCUUUAGUCAUUUGUAAAGAUGUCAAAAAAGGUUUAUUCAAACAGUUGAUGGUCAGAAAAGAUUGAAAUACA